AUGGUCUAUUGCGGCAAGGCAUCACAGGGCUGCCAAGGCUGUCGAAUAAGACGAAUCAAGUGCGACAAAGUUCGUCCUCAGUGCACACAAUGCAUCCGUAUCGGCAAGACCUGCCCCGGCUACCGAGACCAGCUAGCGUUACUGUUUCGAGACGAGAGUUCCAAAGUAAUACAGAAAGCUCACGCCCAAUGGGGCGUGACGGACCCAUCUGAUUUGGGAGAGCCAUCCGGCUCCUCCCUCCAAUCAAUCUCUCCUUAUUCAACCCGAGAUCAAUUCUCCGGCACCGAUGCAGCCAUAGCUCGUUCAAGAUAUCUAGCAACAAGAGAGCGUAGAAGCCCACCUGAACAGACACUGCCGAAAGAAGUAAGCGUCACCACUGUGGAGAAGGGCAUUCAAUUCUAUCUUGAGCACUACGUGAUUGGACUGCCGGACGAGCCGAGGGUUGCUCAGGAGCUUCAGGGGUUGCGAUGGAUUCAUUCACGUGCGACCCGGGAUAUCAUGGCGGCCGUGGGGUUGGCGGGCUUGUCGAACCUCACCGGUGACCGAGACAUGAGCGUGCUGGCGAGACAGCAGUACGGGCUCGCCCUGCAGAACAUUGCAUCGUCUCUCCGGGAUGUUGCGGGGCUCGAUCUCGAGAUAGUUCUCCGCGCCGUGGUAAUGAUGGCAAUGUUCGAGGUUGUCCGUCGUAAAGAUGAGCCCGUCAAUUCGGCUCCCAGAACCCAUAUCAUGGGCGGCGCUGCAAUUCUGACCACUGUCCUUCCCAUUUCCACGUCGCCGAUUGAGGCACUCCGCGGCCUCUUGCAGAUAUGUUUCUCCAUAUUAGCGGCGAUUCAAAACUCCCUGCAGUCGUCGUCGUCGGAGCCAAAUGUCGUCUUGCCCACUCGAGCAGACUCCGGUGCGGGUGGGGGAACGCUGCCAUCAUCUUUCUUUGACUGGAUCUCGAUGAGUGCCACAAGAGCACCACCUCCCGAUCGGCCAGCAGCUGAACUUAUCAGCAUGAUCGUACGCCUUGUCCAACUCUCCGUACUUGUACGCUACCGCCCGCUCGUGGACGGGCAACCUGGAACGGCCAACGUGAUUCGCCAGGCGCUGGAGCUUGAUGCAGAGUUGGAUUCCUGGGAGAACCGACAAGAAGGCAUUUGGACCGUCACCGAGGAACACGCCAAUGAAGGCUUCUUUCCUGCCGGGUCAGUCUUCGAGGAUUGUUAUCAUGUGUAUUCCAACAUGCACACAGCCCGGGUGUGGAGUCACCUCCGUUGGGCCCGCGUCAUGGUGAGCCAGAUGCUCCUAGAGAGCGUUGCUAUGCUGCCUUUAAGCAGCUCGCAGCUGGUCCCUGCCGCUCACCAGAAACGCUCUUAUACCCACAUCAAACGCCUGGCGCGGGAUAUCUUGGUCUCCAUUCCGACUCACUACCGGCAUCCCAAUCUAAAGCUGGAGCACUACAAAUUCUUUGACGAGGGCAAAGGCGGCGCCCAUAUCGGAAUAGCAGGCAUCCCUUCCUUGCUGUUCGGAAUCAAAGUCGCCAGCUGUGCCCCGGGAGUCCCGCACCAGUACCGAAUGUGGGGCCUGCGGAUUCUCGAGACGGUCUGGUGUGAUACCGGCAUGUUUCAAGCGAAAAUGCUGGCCGAUCUCGUGCGGAAAAAGAUUGAGCAAGACUCGUCGAGAGUCGGCAACUAG